UGACUGGUGUACCGUUAGGUGCAGUUAGAUUACAAAUAUGAAGGCAUAUGUGUUCAGCUUUUGGUUGGUCAACGUAUUUCUGGGAAAAACAAGUUUAGGUAUAGCACAGGUGAGAGACAAUACCCAACACAAGCGGAUUAUCGCAGGAAAAAUCUCCAAAGCUCAUCAGUGGCCAUGGCAUGUACAGCUUCAGAGAGUCGCAGUUACAAACAAAGGCGUUGGCUGGCAUCAUACAUGCGGAGGAUCACUUAUUGACGUUGAGUGGGUAGUUACCGCUGCUCAUUGUGUAGUUGGUAUGGAAAAAGCUUUACUAAGAAUUAAACUAGGUGAGCACAACCUCGCUCAACGAAACGUUCCCCCUGAGUCGGAGCAUUCUGUCAUCGAGGUGCAUUUUCACGAGCAAUUCUUGCAGUUUCAGCCUCUAAAUGACAUCGCUCUCUUAAAGAUAUAUCCAGCAGCCAACUUAUCAGAUGACGUUCAAACUAUUCCUCUACCAAAACCUUUUUACAAAGUUCCAGACGGACUUAAAUGCGUCGCAGAAGGAUGGGGAGAUACCGAUGGUUCGGCACUAGGACGAGGCUCAAACGUACUACGUUACAUUCAAAUCCCUAUAGUGAGCCACAGGACAUGCCAGGCUAAAAACAGACCGUACAACAUCAGCUUACAUAAGAACAUUUGCGCUGGCAGCGAGCUAUCAUUGGGCCGUGGUUGUCAUGGUGACAGUGGUGGUGGAUUGGCUUGUAUGGAUUCAAAUGGUAGAUAUGUACUGCAAGGGAUUCUAAGCUGGGGUGCAAGGUUCUGUUCCCCAAGAUAUUACUCGGUAUUUACGAGAGUCAGCUCAUAUAUUGAUUGGAUAGAGAGAAACAUAAGCCCAUUUACGACACUACCUCAUACUGAGAGAGCCAACAAUAAAACAAUGAUCGUGAAACUAGGCCGAUUUACGCUAAUCAAAGACUAUUAAGCCUACAAGAGAAAUUAUCUCCUUGAAAAGGUUAUUAACAUGUUCUUGUAGAUGGAGCAUUAAUUGUGAGUUUUCCUUCAAGGAAGAAACAUUUUAAAGAAAUACUCCGUUUAAGAAGGGACCAAAUACAUAUUUCCAGAAGUGAAUGUACCUUAAAAAAAGUCCAAAUGCAUUUUCAAAAGUGCGCGAAUUUUUAAGAGGUACCAUUAUAGAAUACCAAACUUAUAUCCAAAAGUGCUUGGCUUUAAAGUUUUAACCUCAAAAGAUAAUUGUCGUAUAAUUUCCUAACCUUUGAUGCCAUCAAACAAGCCAGCCGAGAUAAAAACAUAUUUAUUCUUACACAAUAUAUGUUGCAUGGUACAGCCAGUAAAAACCUUAUUCAUAAUAAUAAAAAAUAUUUACACUUAUUCAA